AUGUUGGCGCUGGGUCCGCAAUUAAUGUCGGUUCCCUGUCCAGGCUUCGUUCCUAGGGAGGAUGUUCGUAAGGAGCAAGGCCGAGGUGCGCUACCCAUCCUGAGCCGAGACAGUUCCCGUGGUUGGGAUGACAUUACUUGUCGCAAUGCCCUCGUCGGCGUUGUGCAAGAGCCCCGUGGCCUAAGAGCAGUUCGUGAUGGACCGCACCUAUUCUCCUGGGCCGGACGAGCGCAGCGUUUACGUCGUAACGAAGUUUUCGCCGGAGUGAAUGCGGAACAACUCAUCGACCUGACCGAGUUCGUACUCGUGGCUUUCCCCUUCACCAUUACUUCUUUCUCUGCGCUUCUCACGCCUGUCCAAGUCCGGAUCGACAUCUUGUUCACCUUCUGUUUCUUUGAAAGGAGAGAUAAAUUGUCCCAGGGUCCAUGUGCCCGCGAAAGCCCAACGCUGCUCAAUGCAGACUUGAUGAGCAGUCCCCACGGGGAUGCUGCCAGUUAUAACACCGACCGCCCAGAUGACGACGGAGACGAAGUGGACGAGAAUGGAGAGGAAGGCACAGACGAAUACAGGCCUUACGCCGCCGGCAGCGAACAGGGAUUCAGAGACGAUAUGCGCUCCGCCAACGAACACAUAAACCGUGGUCGGAGUUAG